UGAUCAUACAGGCGAUACCCGGACUCAUUUAGGCAGCUGUAUCAUAGCUGUUUAUGGCUCUAUAUCAACCUAAUUUCGCUCUACGAGGCGAUCGCGAGUCACGGCCGGACGCAAGGUUGCGGCGUAGACCUGACGGCUCGGCGACAUUUUAAGAUUGCAAAUCCUUCUUCGGGUUUCUUUAGUGAUGCUCCGGAUAGAGGCCUGCCUAUAUUGCAUGUUGAUAUCGACUUCACGUCAUGAGCUCACUAUGUAUUGGUAAGCCGCGGACUUGUCCUUUAUAAAUAUGGAGUCAUGAUGGCUCUUCUCCAGAUCUGAAUAUGUGAGUCCCUAAGCCUCGCUCGUCCAUUCUUCGCAGCCGACUACCUCUCAACACAAUAAGGCUAUUCAUCUCCUCCAAGAUGCACGUGCCAUCUAUCUUGAGCGCCUUGGUACUGGCAACAUGCGCAGUCUCCAGCCCCGUUGGUCCGGUAAAGGGGUUGCUGGCCGAAAGAGCACCGAGUAACGUCUGCGUUCUCAUCGAGGGCGAUGACGGUUAUGUCAUCGAUCCUUUCAACCGGCCUCAAUGCGCCUGCAAAUGUAUAAAGCAGGCUUGUGUUCAGCCUGACCCAGCUGACACUGACUUGUGCCUCCGUACUCCCUGGCCUGAUGCUAAUGGUGGCACCCCGUUCCCUGACACUUUAGUACGCUACGCAGCCUGUGUAGGGGGCACCCAUUGUGUUGGAGGAUAAACAAACCUUGUGGGGAAAGGGGGGUGCUGAGAUCGAAUGGAGGAUGUGUAGUGGUCUCAGCGUCGAUGGGGAAAUUGAUAUGUUGGCUCCCCUC